AUUUAAAAGAGUAAAGGUAAGGGUUUAGUAUUACACUGAAAAACUAACCCCUUUGCUGGUUCUCUUCGUUUUUCCUAUCCGUUGCAGUGACCCUCCUUCUCACCAAAUCGCCAUUUCAAGCUUCGUCCCAUCGUUGUUUUCAUCCAUUAAGCAGUGGGGCAAUUAUUGGGGGUGUAAGUGAAAAUGACUGUAUCUGGAUUGACUGGUAGUCCCUCAAGAUGUUGUGUUCGGAUACCGGUAAGCAGUUCCAGUUUGCUAAGUAGGCAAGCGUCGUCAUCGAAUUUUUCUCAGAUUGUGAAUCCUACCAGAAAGAAUAAGGUUCUCCGUCUGGGAAGAAGUUAUUUGGCUGGUUCUAUCCAAAGGUGGAGUAUACAAAAUACUCAUCUGAUCAAGUGUGCAAUGGAUGCUUCUUAUGGUGAUAUGGCAGAUCAACCAUCUGCUAUCUUUCCUAGGAUUAAUGUAAAGGACCCAUACAGACGACUUGGAAUAAGCAAGGAUGCCUCCGAAGAUGAAAUUCAAUCUGCAAGGAACUUUCUUAUUCGACAAUAUGCAGGGCACAAACCCAGUGUAGAUGCAAUAGAAUCAGCCCAUGACAAAAUAAUCAUGCAGAAAUUUUAUGACAGAAAAAACCCGAAAAUUGACUUCAAGAAAAAGUUCAGGGACGUCAAUCAGUCCCGUGUUGUGCAGGCUGUGAGGAGUAGGUUUCAAGUUCCAUCCAAAAAUUUUAUCAUAAAAACCUCUAUCGCAUUUAUUGUACUUGGAGCGCUCACUGUGCUCUUCCCAACUGAAGAAGGCCCAACUCUUCAGGUAGCCAUUUCGCUAAUGGCAACCAUUUAUUUUAUACAUGACAGGCUGAAGAGUAAACUCCGAGCUUUUCUCUACAGUGCUGGAUCUUUUAUCAUCUCAUGGCUCUUGGGAACCUUCUUGAUGGUGUCUGUAAUGCCACCUAUACUCAAAGGGCUAAGGAGUUUUGAGGUUACAACUUCGCUGAUAACCUAUUUGCUACUCUGGGUUUCAUCUACCUAUCUGAAGUAGUAACUUGUAGUUUGCCUUACUAGUCAUGAACCCCAAUUUUGCUAGACUCAAAACACAACUGCGUUUGUCGAAGAUUUAGCUUAUAUGCACAGCUGCCUGCUUUCUGUUUCAACAUCCCUACUUUCUGGCAGUGUUUUGUUAAAAAAAAAAAACCAAGGCCUCCUAGUCUUAGAUUAGAACAGAGAGAUUUGUGGUGGUCACUGCUUUGUUUUUCAAAAAAGGAUGUAAAACAAGAUCGAAAAAGAAGAAGCAAAUUUAAGCAAUACAUGAUUUUUUUUUUGGGUCCUUUCCAUUUAGAUAUUUAUUACAUUUUGAUGGGUGAUAUUGCUAAGUUCCUUGCCUGGCAUGGAAUUAGAAACAAAUGGUAAACAAGGAAGACUGGCAUAAAUAUCACAGACCUAUGAGGAAACCUUUUUGUACCCACUAAUUUAUUUGAGCUGUAAGUGUCCCAUCUAUUGGUGGUUGAGGACGAGUUAUCUGUUGACCUUGGAUGAGUAUUGUUGUAUACAACUUAAGCUGUUCAACAC